CGGCGCGCGGAGCCGGCGGGGCACAACGGGCGCCCUCAGCGCGGGGAGCGGCGGCGGCGGCGCUGGGCAGCAGGUUCCCGUGGCCGGCGAGAGCAGAUGGCGGCCGCGCUCCUCUUCUACCUGCCCUUCCUGCCGGGGCUGGCCGGCGCCUUCAACCUGGACACGGACGACGUGAUCAGCCGGCGCGGGGAGCCGGGCAGCCUCUUCGGCUUCUCCCUCGCCAUGCACCGGCAGCUGCAGCCGCAGGAGAAACGGCUAUUGCUGGUUGGAGCUCCUCGGGAAAAGGCCUUUCCAUCCCAACAAGCCAACAGAACAGGAGGAUUGUACAGCUGUGACAUCGCAUCUCCAAAUACACGCUGCACACGUGUUGUAUUUGAUGAGGAGACGGACCCGAAGAUGGAGAGUAAAGAAGACCAAUGGAUGGGUGUAACUGUCCAAAGUCAGGGGCCAGGAGGAAACGUGGUGACAUGCGCACAUCGCUAUGAGAAAAGGCAGUAUGUAAACACAGUGCAGGAAACCCGGGAUAUCAUUGGAAGGUGCUACGUGCUGAGCCAGGAUCUCACUAUUAAGGAUGACAUGGAUAAUGGAGUAUGGAGUUUCUGUGAUGGUCGUUUAAGAGGCCAUGAGAAGUUUGGUUCCUGUCAGCAAGGUGUUGCUGCUACUUUUACUAGAGACUAUCACUAUAUUGUGUUUGGUGCCCCAGGCACUUACAAUUGGAAAGGGGUGGUUCGUGCAGAGCAAAAGAAUCAGACAUUUUAUGAUCUGGGUAUCUUUGAUGAUGGGCCUUACGAAGUUGGUGAUGAGAGCCGCCAAGAUAAGAAUCUAGUUCCCGUUCCAGCUAACAGUUACUUAGGUUUCUCUUUGGACUCUGGUAAAGGAAUUGUCUCCCAAGAUGAGAUGACUUUUGUGUCCGGUGCCCCAAGAGCCAACCACAGCGGAGCAGUUGUUUUACUGAAGAAAGAGAAAAAUCAGAGAGCACUUUCACUUGAGCACAUGUUUGAAGGAGAAGGGCUGGCCUCUUCUUUUGGCUAUGAUGUUGCUGUUGUGGAUCUCAACAAUGACGGAUGGCAAGACAUUGUUGUUGGAGCCCCACAGUAUUUUGACAGAAGUGGAGAUAUUGGUGGUGCUGUAUACAUCUACAUUAACCAGCAAGGCAAAUGGGAAGGAGUAAAACCUAUUCGCUUAAAUGGAACCACUGACUCCAUGUUUGGCCUGGCAGUUGAAAAUGUUGGGGACAUUAAUCAGGAUGGAUAUCCUGAUAUUGCAGUAGGGGCUCCGUAUGAUGGGUUUGGCAAAGUAUACAUUUAUCAUGGAUCCAAGAAUGGAAUAAAUACAAAACCAGCACAGAUUCUUGAUGGUGAAAAAACAGGCACCAGUUUCUUUGGUUACUCUAUUGCUGGAAACAUGGACCUGGAUAAAAAUGCCUACCCUGAUGUUGCUGUUGGUUCCCUUUCGGAUUCUGUAUCUGUCUUCAGAUCUCGGCCUGUGAUAAGCAUUAGAAGAAGCAUUACAGUACAGCCUGACAGAAUUGAUCUAAAGAAAAAGAACCCUGAGGACCGUAGUGAAAUAUGGAUGGAUGUGAAAGCAUGUUUUCAAUAUACUGCAAACCCCAGUGAUUUAAAUCCAAGAAUAAAGAUCAACUAUACAUUUGAAGCAGAAAAUGAGAGGAGGCAGCUAGGCCUGCCAUCUAGGGUACGGUUUAAGGACCACCUGUCUGAUCAGUUUACUGCAAGUACAACCCUAAGGGGGCAGAACUCAAAAGAGUGUGUGACAACCAAGCUUGUACUGCAGGAAAAAAUUAAAGAUAAGCUACGCCCCAUUCCAAUAUCAGUCAGUGUUAAAAUUGCGGGCCUGGAGUCUAGUUCACCGUCUACAAGAAAAGAGAGAGCACUUCCGGAUCUUAUACCAAUUCUAAAUUCAAAUGAAUCUGAAACAAAGACCACAAAAGUGGAGUUCUUAAAAGAAGGAUGUGGAGAAGACAAUAAAUGUCACAGCAAUCUGAAACUUCAGUACCGGUUUUGCACUAGAGAAGGAAAUGAAGACAGGUUUACUUAUUUACCAAUUGAAAAUGGCAUGCCAGUGCUUGUUCUGAAAGAUCAGAAAGAUAUUGCCCUGGAGAUAACGGUGACAAACAAUCCAUCUGAUGCAAAAAAUCCCCAAAAAGAUGGUGAAGAUGCAUAUGAAGCCAAACUAAUAGCAACUUUUCCAGACAGUCUGACGUAUUCUGCAUUCAGGGAGAUGAGGGGUUAUCCUGUAAGUAUUUUUUCAGAGAAAAGAUACUCAAUUUUAAAAUAUUUUCAGCAUAUAUUUAUUUUUAAAUGUAUUCUGUUUAAUCAGGAAAAACAGCUAACAUGUGGUGCUAACCAAAAUGGUUCUCAAGCAGAGUGCGAACUUGGAAAUCCUUUCAAAAGAAAUUCUAAUGUAACCUUUUAUCUGAUCUUAAGUACCACUAAAGUUAAUGUUGAUACAACAGACUUGGACAUUAAUCUGAAGUUGGAAACAACAAGUACUCAAGUUAAUUCGACUCCAAUUACAGCUAGUGCUAAAGUGGUUCUUGAAUUGCUUUUAUCACUCACUGGAGUUGCUAAGCCUUCUCAGGUAUAUUUUGGAGGUAACAUCAUUGGUGAGAGUGCUAUGAAAUCUGAAGAUAAUAUUGGAAACCUCAUAGAGUAUGAAUUCAGAGUAACUAACUUGGGCAGACCACUGAAAACAUUUGGUACUGCUUCCCUGGACAUCCAAUGGCCGAAAGAAAUUAGUAAUGGCAAGUGGCUGCUUUAUUUGAUGAAAAUAGAUUCCAAAGGCUUGGAAAAAGUCUCCUGUCAACCUGAGAAUGAAAUCAAUAGUUUGCAUGUUGCGGAAUCCCAUAACUCAAGAAGGAAACGUGAGGUUGCAGAGAAGCAGAUUACAGACAGCAAAGCAUUUUCUUUUUUCUCAGAAAGAAAAUACAAGACCUUGGACUGCAAUGUGAAUGCACGCUGUGUGGACAUAAAAUGUCCCCUGAAGGGUUUAGACAGCAAGGCAUCUAUUGUGCUGCGUUCCAGAUUGUGGAACAGUACUUUCUUAGAAGAAUACUCCAAAAUGAACUACCUGGACAUUCUUGUUAGGGCUUCGAUUAGUGUUCCUGCUGCAGCUAAGAAUGUUAAACUCACAAAUGAAGUUGCUCAGGUGCGUGUUACUGUCUUUCCUGCAAAACCAGUAGCACUUUAUACAGGAGUACCUUGGUGGAUCAUCUCUGUGGCCAUUUUUGCUGGAAUACUGAUGCUUGCACUGUUGGUAUUCUUACUAUGGAAGUGUGGUUUCUUCAAGAGAAAUAAGAAAGAUCAUUAUGAUGCCACAUAUCACAAGGCUGAGAUCCAUGCUCAGCCAUCUGAUAAAGAAAGGCUUACUUCUGAUGCAUAGUAUUGAUCUACUUCUGUAAUUGUGCGGGUUCUUCCAGCGUUCCAGGUACGAAGACAGUGUCCCCCGAUAUCAUGCUGUAAGAAUUCGAAAAGAAGAGCGACAGAUCAAGGAUGGGAAAUGUAAAGACCUUGAGACAAAACAGUGGUUCACAAAAUGGAAUGAAAAUGAAAGUUACUCUUAGGGAAAGAUUCUUUUCAUCCACAAAGUUCAGAUAGAAGUUAAGGUUUUCAUUAAUUGAAUACUGACGGAAUUAGACCUAUGAACACUAUGGACAUUCACCAUUUGAUUGUAGAUAUUACUACUUAUUAUUGAGGCUUUUGUUUGCACAGUUAAAAUUGCUUCAACAGACUUUAUUUGCAUUAUUUAAUUUCCAGACUGCCUCUUCCCCCCUUCAGAUCCAACUCACACUUUAGACGAUGCUCUGUUGAUUUAGGGUCUUUUCUGCAAAAUAUGCAAAACCACUACCAGCAGACCUUCUCCUGUGAUCCUAACCUUAUUCUGAGGUAUGCAAGGAAUGCAUGGUUAAGGUCAAGACAGGUUCUCCAUCCUUCCCUCAAUGCAUAGUCCAUUAUAAACACACAGUGGCCUUAACACACUUUGUUCAAGUAUAAUCUGAAGACCUGCAAAUCUACUUUAGACAUAAACUUUGCCUGCUGCAGUAGUUAGGGCUUAACAAAAAGCAUCAUCUUAAAUUACAUGUGCAAUAGGUCAUGUUGCUUGUUUUUUUUUUUAAGAUCAGAUUGUGUGAUUCUUGUUCACAACAAAUAUACACAGGUUUUUUUAAAAGAGAGGCUUGAAUAGUAGAUGUACUUUUUGUAUAUAUAUAUAUUUUAGUCAUUUUUGUAUUUAUUUUUGUUAGAAAUCAUUGUCUUUGACUAACUGUUGGGCCAAAGACUUAACUGAACUUUCAAAUCCACUGUGUUUUUGAACUUCAAAUUAUGAGACUUGAGGCUUUCACUGCAUUUUAAUAAGUCACUGAAGGUGCCAAUGCUUUCUAAAAAUGUAAAUAUUUAUUCCAGUGAUGUGUAUGGGGGCUUUUUUUUCCUGAUACUUGUAACUUUAUGUAAUAGGAAUUAUCAGGUCUUGUAACAUGAUUUGUAUAUUACUUCAGACUAUUUAAUGAUUUGGACACCAAGCAGAAAUAGGGUUUUUAGAUACAGUUUUAUACUUACUGCAAGAAAGUGAGAGGUUCUCUGGAAACAGCUUUCCAGCUUCAUAAGGACUUCCUGUUCGGCAAAAGGCAUUGACUACUGCAACUGUUACAUAGCACUUGAAGGAGGCUAUAAAUGCCUAACUUACCUUAAGUAUGGGGAUCUGAGCUGAUCCAUGUUGAGACUACUGAAUCGUCUUGAAUACCUGAAUGUUGAUAAAAGUAGAACCACAAUGUCAUGUUUAUCAGUAAUCUAGUUAUUGUAACAUAACUGAUAUAACUAUUUAAAGAGUUUACUUUUUUACCCAUGUUCUAAAGCUUUGGUACUAUUUAAGAACAAAGAUUUAGUUCACAAUUGUUUAUUCCAUGUGAAACAAAAUUCUGCUCAAAAAGUAUGCACAUUAAUUGCUAGUAAUUUGAACUAUGCAAAAACCUCUUGGUACUUUUUCCCCUCAUAGGGUAAAAACCUGCUAGGAGGGCAGUUGUCAAGUGUCUUAUUUUUAUUACUAACUUUGAACGUGCCUUCUUGGAAGGUGCGGUCACGUAAAAAGUCAUCAUUAUAGGAAGUGCAUUGAUUUAAUAGACUCUUCUUUCUCCCACUAAAUAAUCUCAGUAUGCUGUGACUCUGAUUUUAUGAACACUUACACAUGUAUUUAGCUGUUACCCAGUUUUUGAGCUUUAAAUUCUAGCUUAUUUGCUGAAAGGCUCAGCAGCAUCAGAAGCCAGGCUAAUCAGGGGCUAAGAAGCUUGACAAAUAGCCUUGAAUUUAAAAGCAGAUUGUGGCCCACACCUAAGAACAUGAAUGUCUUAGCAGUGUUAAACUGAAAGUUCUUGAAAAGUAAGUCAUGUCACUGGUAUACUUCUAUCUCAAAACUUUUUUUAUACCAGAUAGCAAUGCUACAUCAUUCCAUGAUUAGAAUUACCUGUGGAUAUUUGUAUAGAAGUGUGAAAUAAAUUUUUUUUAAUUAAA